AUGAAGAUAUUCUCAAGACACUACUGCAAUUAUGUUUCAGUCCUCAUCCUCUUCUACUGUAUAAUAUUAUCACUAAACAAGACAGGAUUUGGACUUGCAAAUUCUUCAAACACAGCUACACCAGUAUAUUUGAACAACCAAACUUUCACUUGUCACAAUUUGACCAAUGCCAAUCAGAGGAUAAUGUGCUUCACGACCCCUGGACUAUUGAAAGCUAUUGUUGAUGCUGAACAACUUGCAAGGAAAGAAUGUAGCAAUCAAUUAGAAUACGAGAGAUGGAACUGCUCUGGAUUUGCUGUCAUUACACCAAGCAAUGUCACCAAAUACGCUACUGCAGAGACUGCUGUUAUUCAUUCUCUCAUGUCAGCAGCUCUGGCACAUGUUGUGACAAGAGACUGCAGGUUUAAUGGCAUGCAAUGUGAAUGUGGAAAGAAUACAACUAUAAGCAGUGCUGGGAAUCAAGUCAUGUAUGGCUGCUCAAGCAACUGGGAAUUCGGCAUGGAAAUGUCCGCUAAGUUCAUGGAUGGCAAAGAGAAGCAUGGUGUCGUUAUUGGUGACAGGCAGCUCAUUAAUCUUCAAAAUAAUCAAGUUGGAAGAACGGUAUUUCUUGAUGUCAAUCACAAAAAAGAACCGACCUGUAAAUGUGUUGGUGUUUCUGCAUCAUGUUCAGCAAAGACAUGCCAAAGAGGACUUGAGGCAUUUUCUGUAGUCGCUGCUUCAAUAAAAGACAAAUAUAAAAAAUCGUGUAAAGUCUCUGUCAAGGCCUCAGCUCUACAGCCUCAUCAAUGUAAUUCAUCUUCAAUCAGUAAUACGACACUUGUUCACACUCUAUCGUCACCUGAUUAUUGUCAUAAAGACAUUUCAAAAGGAUCUUUUGGAGUCCAAGGACGGCUAUGCGAUCCUGCAGUAGCUAGUAAAAGUUGUGAAACGAUAUGCUGUGGUAGAGGACAUAUAGAGUUUACCAAAGAUGUGGAAGGAAAAUGCUGCAAGCAGGUUGGGUGCUGUGGAGUACAGUGCAAUGACUGUAAACGUACUCUUACAUUCUAUGCAUGUCGGUAA